AUGGUUUGGUUUCAAUGCGAGGACUGUGGAGAGAAUCUGAAGAAGCCAAAGCUCCCGAGUCACUUCAGGAUGUGCAGAGCCACGAAGUUAUCGUGCAUCGAUUGUGGGGAAAUGUUCGGGAAAGAUAGUGUUCAAGGACACAACCAGUGCAUUACCGAAGCUGAGAAAUAUGGUCCAAAAGGGCAGUCAAAGCCAUCCAAUGGCACACCUGCAAAGCCAAAGGACAACUCUAAGCAACAACCAGACUUUGAUAUACAUGUUGGCUUAUCAAAUGGAUAUCCAUGGUUUUGUAGCUUGUGUAACACAAAGGCUACUAGUCAGCAGACUUUGCUUGCACAUGCUGAGGGGAAGAAACACAGAGGAAAAGCGAAAGGGUUCCAUGCUAAGCAACAAGAAGCAGAACAAUCUACGAUGGAGAAGAAGGAUGCAAGCGAAAAUGCUUCUAAUGGCGAUUUGGAAGAGAAGAAAGAAGACGUACCUGUUUCUUCCUCGGUUGUUGCGAAUGGAGACUCGCAUGUGGAGAAUGAGAAGAAGAGAAAGCUAGAGACUGUAGGUGUUCAAGCUGAAGAGUCGAAAGGAAGUGAAGUAAAGAAAGCGAAGAAGCAGGACAAUGAGAAGAAAAUCAACUGGAAGAAGUUGAUCACAUCGGCUUUGAAAUCUAACGAAGAUAAUACUUUGAAGAUGAAGAAACUGAGGAAGCUCGUGCUGGAAUCUCUUGUGGAUUCAGGGAUAACUCGUGACAAAUCCGAAGUCAAUGCAGAGCUAGAGCUAAAGGUUAACUCGAGCUCUAGAUUCACGGUUGAUGGCAAGUACGUGAAACUUGUGGCUAAAGAUUGA